AUUGAAAUGGACCCCAUUUCUUCAAAGCUAGCCUGGUAUCACCAUGUUGUUUUGACAUCAAAAUCCAUCCCUCUCUCUCUCUCUCUCUCUCUCUCUCUACUCUCUCUCUCUCUCUCUCUCUCACACACACAUGGCUGCUAGAAAACUGUACGGCGCAGUUGAAUCUCGGGCCACCAUGCGAGCACUAGCUUCGCUUUUGGAGCACGAAGUCGAGUUCGAGUUUGUAGCCUUGGACCUCAACGCCGGAGAGCAUAAAAAGGAACCUUUCCUCACUCUCAGCCCGUUGGGCACGCUUCCAAUUUUUCAAGAUGGAGACUUGAUCAUUUUUGGGUCAAGGCCAAUCAUGAGAUGCGUAUCACACAUUUACCUAAACUCAAAGACAAAUCAAAUCUACAUGGCGCCAAAGAUGCAAGGGAUAGUAAGCACGUGGAUUGACGUGGAAGACCACCAUUUCGAUCCACCGGCUUUGAAGCUGAUCUCGGAACUCGUGUACAAGCCGAAGAACGGCCUGCCGCCUGAUGAGAUGACAGUGGCCUCGGAAGAGGCCAAGUUGGCCGAAGUGUUAGAUGUUUAUGAAGAGAAGCUUACAAAUUCUGAGUUUUUGGGUGGUGAUAAAUUUACUUCGGCUGAUUUAACUCAUCUCCCGAGCUUGCAUUAUCUGAUGAGGACGCCGGUGAAGCGGAUUUUCCAGGAGCGGCCGAAGGUCAGCGCAUGGUGUGCCGCCAUUACGUCGCGGCCUGCUUGGACAAAGGUGGUGGAGAAAUAUUAGUCCGAACAAUUUUAUAUAAUGAUCUGGAAAAACUAUUCAUGUUUUUCAAAUUAAAUAGUACUGCUACUGCUUUACGUUCACUAUGACUAGAAUAGAAUUUGAGGGUUGUCUGAAAGUUUUAUCAACUUUCGUGAUUUAAAGAAAGAUCAGUACUCUUUGUUUUGGUGAAUUUGAUCAGAUGAUUCAGAUCCGAUUGUAAUAGCAUGAGCUAUGAGUAGAGUAAUGGAGAGAUCAAUUAGCAUA